AUGUAUCGAGCUCUCCCUGUGUCGCGGCAGGCCGCCUCGACUUCCAACAGACAAGCUGUCAGAGUCAUUAGACGGCACCUGGCCACGGAUACCACAACCCCGCCAAAGAAAAGCAAAGUACUUCGCCGCAUUAUUUUGACUACUGCUGGCUUAACUGGUACAUUCUACGUUGGGAGCGCGUUCCUCGCGUUUAAUAACCAGGCCUACUACGACAUCUUCUCUGAACAAGUGCCUCUCGGUCAAUCUGUGCUCGACUUCGGUGAGAGCCAAGGUUGGGACACUUUGACUGUCGGUGAUGUCAUCAAUGGGACUACUGGGUUGGUUGUCACCACAUACAAUUUCGCGAAAGAUAUGAUAAAUGGAACCACGCCAGAAAAAAACAAGGCACCAGUUGAAACGAAAUCUGCGGAACCCAAGUCCCCCUUCAAAGUGGUUAAACAGACGACUUCAGCCAAAAUUGAACCUGCUGUACAGCAGGUGAAGAAAGAGGUUGAAGAAGUCAAGGAAGCUGUAAAGGAGGCGGCUGUCAAGGUGGAAGAUGUAGCGAAGGAGGUCACCGACAAAGCUCGUAUUGAAUACCAAGACUUAGUGAAGAGAGCGGAGGCUGCCAUUGCUGGAGCCUCUAAAGACGGCAACCCCCCCAGCGUCAUCACCAUCGAGACCACAGAAGAGGAAGAAAUCCCCCCUCCAUCCUCCAAAAAUGUUUAUGAUCGUCCCCUUCCCCUUGGGUUCGAGCCUCCUCCAGGAUUCUCUCGCCCCGCACCUCCCCCCAAGCCCAAAGUGACUGAAGCUGAAGCCCAAACACCUGUACCUGAACCCGAGCCAGUUGAACUUCCUUUAGUAGCGCCAGUUGUUGCCACUGCUUCAGAACCUAUCAUCACACAUUUGGCCGGUACAAUUGAUAACCUUGCCAGUUUUUUGAAGUCGGAUCCUAAAGCUGCUCAACAAGCUGGAGACGUUCUAGAAACUGCCAAAGGUGACUUGGCCGCCCUUGUAGAUCGAAUGGAGGCUGUCAAAGAACAGGAACGGGCUGCUUUGGAGGCGAAAAUGGACGAGCAAACUCGGGAGUAUAGCCUCAAACUUUUGGAACUGGAGAUGGAAGCCCAGGAUAAAUUGGACCAUCAAGAAGAAGGUUUCAAGCAACUCUUUGAACAGGAGCGCGCGAGUUUCGUACAGGCUUAUCGGGAGAAGCUGGAACACGAACUCAAGGUUCAGACAGAGUUGAUCAACGAACGAUUGAAGGAAGAGGUCAUUGCCCAAGGAAUUGAACUACAAAGACGCUGGAUUCGAGAGAUCAAAGUUCGCGUUGAACAAGAAAGAGGAGGCAGGCUUGCCAAAUUGGACGAGCUUUCUGCCAACUUAAAACGCCUGGAAAGCAUUGCUCUCAUCAACUCUGCUCACCUCGACGAGAACAUCCGUGUCCAUUCACUUUGGUCCGCCAUUCGCGCUCUUACGAACAGCGCUAUUUCCUCCCCGGUGCGAAAACCUUUCCGAGAUGAGCUCCGUGUACUCCGGCAUAUCACUGCGGCGAGGGAGGAUCCUGUCGUUUCUGUCGUUCUUGAUUCCCUGGAAAGCACUGAUGUUCCUGAUGUCGGCGUGGAACCAUUGGCUGAUCUUGCGACCUGGUUCACCAACGAGGUGGCCCCAAAAGUAUCACAGGUUGCGUUGGUACCUGACGAAAAUGCUGGCGUUUUGUCUUACCUCGCCAGCCGUGCUCUUUCGGGCCUCCGCUUUAAGCGCCAAGGACUCAUCCCUGGUGAUGACGUGCUGAGUGUUCUGGCUAGAGCCGAGUAUUACCUGAACGAGAAGAACCUGGACAGUGCCGCACGUGAACUAAAUCAGCUCAAGGGGCCCGCAAAGGUUUUGCUACAUGACUGGCUGGAAGCCGCCCGACGGAGACUAGAGGUCCAGCAGGCAUUAGAGGUGGUCCAGACGCAAGCCACAUUGGCUUCGCUUCUUGUCGUAUAG